AUGCAACAACCCGCGCCCCGCCGAAAGAUCGACCCGGAUGCAUCUUUGGUCUUGGUUGGCAUUCGAGGCUGUGGCAAGCGCUCAAUGGGCUUUGUGGCUGCCACGGCCCUGAAAAGACGCUUCAUCACCGAAGACCAUUAUUUCAAACAGGUCACCGGACUCACGCGACAUGAAUAUCUCAAGCGGUAUGGCGGCCAGGAGUUUCAACAUCGUGACAUCGAAGUGCUGAAGAGGAUGCUGGACAACCACCGCUCGCAUUGUGUCAUCGAAUGCGGACUGGCGAGUCUCACGCGGCCCGUUCAGGAGUAUCUUCGUCAAUUUUCUGCUACCAACCCGGUGGUCUACCUUGUGCGCGACAUGGACCGCAUACAAAGCUUGCUCGGCCUGGAGGAUCAGUCGGCUAAGUUAUUGUGUGAAGGAGACCCUCUACAUCGAACCUGCUCCAACUUCGAAUUCUACAAUAUCGAAGACCGGUCUAGCCUGUCUUCCCAGGUCGAGGAAGGAACGCCGGACCGUCGAUCCGUCGACUAUUCUUUCAAACUCAAGGAGGCCAAAGAAGAUUUCACUCGGUUUGUCCGAUGUAUUACGGGGGCAGAUCUCGGCCAUACUGGAUAUGAUUCGCCUUUUGUACUCCUGGAGACUCCCCCGGAGCAUCGCUCUUUCACUCAUGCUAUAUUCGUCCGAUCAUCUGAGCUCAUAGAUGGUGUGGUUGAUUUGUGUGGACUUGAGUCCGGAGGAGAUGCAAUUGAGUUCUGCGUUGAUCGAUGGAACCCAGGCAUGGCGAGCACCGUCAGCAAGCAAGUUUCGUUGCUCCGGAGAAGUGCUCGAGUCCCUAUCAUUUUCUCCGUUGACAUUUCCUCAUCGGGUGUCGGUGCCAGUGAUUCGUCGUUAGCACAACGGCACAGUAUGCACUUUGAGGUUCUCGAACACGGAUUACGACUUGGCGUGGAAUAUCUGGUCGUGGAUUUGGAUUCGGACCGCGCUUCACUGGCAGAGAUAAUCAGCAACAGAGGAAUGACCAAAAUAAUAGGUCAAUUCAUCUUCAAGCCGUACGCUCAUGUGACGUGGGAACAUGAGGACAACCUUGCUCUUUAUCUUGAGGCCGAAAAAAUAGGUUGUCAGCUUGUACGCUUUUUACGUGUGGCUGCAGAGCGCGAAGACAAUGCAGCCGUUGCGAAAUUCACUAAUAAAAUCCAGUCACUGGCCGGAGACCACCCUCCCAUCAUUGCCUAUAAUAUAGGCAGUCUGGGACGUACUUCCCAGGUCUUCAAUUCCACCCUCACCUCAGUCACCCAUCCGGCAAUCAGGCGGUCUAUAGACCACGGGACAGACCCGCUGAUCACAUCGCGAGAUGCUGUUCAGGCCCUGUUCCAAAGUUACGUGCUGGACCCCCUCCACUUUUAUAUCCUCGGGGCCAGCGUAUCCUACAGUCUGUCCCCUGUCAUGUACAAUGCGGCUUUCCGCCACUGUGGUAUGGCCCAUAAUUACAGCAUUCCCGAAUCUGCCUCUCUUGCGGCUCUGGAUCGUCUGGGCCGAGAUCCCCAUUUUGGAGGAGCUAGUGUUGUCCAGCCUUGGAGGGUGCAGGUUUCCCAAAAGCUCGCCGCGAAAAGUCGGCAUGCCGAGGCGAUCGGGGCGAUCAACACGAUCAUGCCUUUGCGGGCGCGAGCCGAUGGAACAAUGUUUCCGCUUCAGGAACAAGCGAGCCGUCGCAACCAAGCUGGGCCCGUCUUGGGGUGGUAUGGAGAGAAUACGGAUUGGGUUGGCAUCAUGACGUGCAUCAAUCGGAACCUGUCCCCACGCAAUGCCAUUAGCCCGCUCAAGACGACGGGUUUGGUAAUAGGGGCGGGUGGCAUGGGUCGCGCCGCCAUCUAUGCCAUGCUCCGGCUCGGAUGCCGUAAGAUCUUCAUCUACAACCGAACCUUGUCGCGUGCAGAAAACGUGGCGCGCCACUUCAAUUCGUGGGCUGCGUCACAAGUCGGCUCGACGGAAGUGGUACAUGUGUUGAAGUCCAUACAGGAGGAGUGGCCGCCAGGGGAAUGUCCUCCAUGUUUAAUUGCCUCCUGCGUGCCUGCGGACCCGGAUACGGACGAGCCUCCGGCCGACUUCGAAAUGCCGAUGCAGUGGCUGGGAAGCCCGACCGGAGGUGUAGUAUUGGAGUUUGCAUACAAACCUCUCGACACGCCACUGUUGCGCCAGAUGCGCCGCAUUCGGAGUGACACCGGUCGCCCGUGGGUUCUGGUUGACGGGCUUGACAACGUCUCGGAACAAGCGAUUGCGCAGUUUGAAUUGUUGACCGGACGCAAAGCACCACGUCGUCUCAUGGCGUCCGAAGCUCUGCGCAAUUAUGUCGGUGAAAGCGGACGCUUCGACGAGAAGACGAUACAAGCGCGGCUUGAUGGCGUUCGCUGA